AUGGCAUGCACAACUACCUUUCUCGAUCUCCCGGCAGAGAUUCACCUCCUGAUCUGCGAGUACCUUGACCCUGCCUCGGCAGUGGCUUUGAAAAGCGCAAGUAAGUACCUCCGGUCCAUCAUCACCGUUGACAUGGACGAGCUUGAGCUUGAAUACUGGGAAGUGUUCUACAUCACCCUCGAAAUGUGGCCAGAGCGAGUGCCCCUAAACCACAAUGAAUGUUUGAGUGACAUAGAUGUCAGAUGGCCCACUAUUACUGUGAAGAGUGUGGAAGGCUGCAAGGAAGAGGUAUACACUGUAAAAGCUGUGAACGAUGCAAUGAUGCAUAGAGGUCGACUCAUGAUAGUCGGGUGCCUGAGGGGUCUCGUCCCACUUUCACCGUGUUCCAGAUGCGGCGACGGGGACGAUCUUAUGUACAGUAUUGGUAUGUGUCAGGCUCUCAGGCUCUCUGGUUCUGAAACCUGA